CUUAUAAUUUAUAAACAGUGUAGUUCUAAAGUUGAGCACAUAAUAUAAAGAGUAGAAAGAAUAUAAUAUCUUACAAUUUAUAGACAAAAAAUUGAUUCAAACUCAAAAUUUUCAGCAAGUUUUUCUUGAACAACUGGAACAAAAUUUAUAUCUUUUAAAAUAGUAUUUGGAUUUUAAAUUUAUAUGUGAUGGAUAGGACUGCGUCUAAAAGCCGAAGAGUUGAAGUGGACAUUCUGAAGUUGAUGGAGAAGCAUGAGGUUACGAUACCUGGUAAUAAAAACGAACUCAUAGUUCAGUUUCACGGACCAAAGGAGACUCCUUACGAGGGCGGAACCUGGAUGAUACUUUUGACAAUUCCAGACAACUAUCCUUUCAAAUCACCUUCAAUCGGAUUCAUGAACCGAGUCUACCAUCCAAACAUAGAUCUGCAGUCUGGGUCAGUUUGCUUGGAUGUUAUCAAUCAGAAAUGGUCUCCACUGUUCAACUUGAGCAACAUUUUUGAUUCGUUUCUCCCUUUGUUACUGUCCUACCCUGAGCCAGAGGAUCCGUUGAAUGCGAACGCUGCCGCACUUCUGAUUUCCGAUCGGGAGAAGUUUGAUAAUGUGGUGAGAAGUCAUGUGGCACAGUACGCUACUGCCAGAAAAUUUGAAAGAAACAAGGCAGAUGCUAAUGAUGAUUCUUUGUCUGAUUUGAGUGAGUGAAAAUGUUCAAAAAAGCAAACAAUAUCCAGCAAAAAAUGAACUUUACAGUUUUAAUUUUACUCACUUAGAUCUAUACUUGCGUGCUAUUUCCUAUUCAACUGAUUCAACAUUUGAUACUGUGUUUUUGGAGAGAUGUUGUGAUAUUCAUCCAUAAUGAAACUCUAGAAUAUUGAACAUAAUAUCAUGAAUUUAUUGGAAAGAUGACAACAAAUGUGUAAAAACAUGUAGUAUGUUGUCUCUUUCAUAUUUAGGGCUACCUGUGAUAUAAAUUGAAAUAAAAAUCUCAGUACCCUUUUUUGAAUUAUUUUAUCACAACAUGUUUUUUAACAUCCAUGCCAUUUUCAAGUGAUUUGAAGUUCAAAUCACUGAAGAUCGCUGUGAUUUGAAGUUCAAAUUACUUGAAAAUGGCAUUAAUGUUGAAACAUGUUGUGAUAAAAUAAUUCAAAAAGGGUACCUACCUACUGAGAUUUGUAUUUCUAUUUAUGUAGUAUGUUAGGUACUUCUCAAUGAAUUCGUGAUAUUAUUAGACAAUAUACUUGUAGUUUAAACUUUUAGUUUUUUUAAGUUAUGCGUUUCAAAAAAGUUUCUGUUUUGAGUUAAAAUGUUUGAUUAAACAAAGUCAUUCUUA